GCGCGGGGGCGCGCGCGCGGGCACGGGCUCGCUCCCCGGGGUGCAGUUGGCGGCGGGAUCGGGCGCUCAGGUCCUUGUUCUUAGAGCUGCCCCGGCUGCUAGGCCGACGCCUCCGUUGGCGGAGACCCACACGAAGGACCGCGUGGCUCAGCCGCGGGACGGAGCCUCUGGGCUCUCACAGUCCGGCUUGGGUGGAAGAGGAAGAAGGGGAAGAGAGAUACAUCUACCAGAAGGCUCAAGGUGGCCUGAGGGCCAGACUCUCAGACCCAAGAUGCCCCUACCUGAGCCCAAUGAGCAGGAGAGUGAGAGUGUGAAAGCUGGCCAAGAGCCAUCUCUUGGAGCCAGGAAGCCCCAAGAGCCCUCCAAUCUGGUCAAGGAUAAAGGAGGAUCCAAACCAACAGGUGCCAUGGCCCUAGAGACCUCGGGUCCUGCCACCCUAUCCAGCAACACUUCCCAGACUUUGCCGGCCAAGAAGCAGGGACGGAUAAUUCACCGGAAACGUAGCAGGGUAGAUGCAGCUGCCCCUCAGCCCCUGGAGUUCCUGAAGACCCAAUAUGGGGGCCGCCUUCUAGUGCACAAGUCAUUCCUGUACAAGCAAGAGAAGGCUGUGGGGGACAAGGUAUACUGGAAGUGCCGCCAGCACUCAGAGCUAAGCUGCCGGGGCCGGGCCAUCACCCGUGGUUUUCGGGUCACAGUGAUGCGGGACCAUUGUCACCCACCUGAUGAGGAGGGCCUGCAGGUCCGGCGCCAGAAGGAGAAGCCGCCUAGCUCAGACCUGCCUGAAGGCUCUGAAGGCCAAGAAGAGGGGGUGAGCCUAUGGCUGUACCCUGUGGAGCCAGAGCCCACCCCUCAGCAAAGCACUGAAACCCCAGAGGAGGACCAGGGGUACCGAUCUCUGGCACUGCAGAGUUUGCCUCCCAAGAAACGCCCCACACCAGGAGUGGUACGGUAUCGGCCCCUUGAGUUCCUGAAGACAUGCUACGGGGGCACUUUCCUGGUACAUCAGUCCUUCCUCUACAAGCGGGAGAAGACUGUGGGGAGCAAGGUGUACUGGACCUGCCGGGAGCAUGCGGUCCAUGGCUGCCGUAGCCGCGCCAUCACCCAGGGCCAGCGCGUGACAGUGAUGCGCAGCCACUGCCACUCCCCUGACAUGGAAGGCCUGCAGGCCCGGCGACAGCAGGAAAAGACCAUCAAGAAGAUACAGGCGAGGCGAAUUGGUGCUGGGGACUUGGAAGAUUGUGAUGACAUUGAGGACACACUGCUCCAAGGGGUGGACAGCCUCUUCUACCGCAGGGGGAAGAGAACCCUGACUCUCAGUAGGUCCAGGUCCAGGUCCAGGUCCAGAAAACGAGCAAAGAAGCGCAAGGAAUCCUUUCAGGAACCCCCGGAGCAGGAGGACCAGGAUGUGGACCCCAGAGGCCCAGAGUUCCUGAGGACCCCUCUAGGGGGCAGCUUCCUGGUGUAUGAGUCCUUCCUCUAUAGGAGGGAGAAAGUAGCUGGUGAGAAGGUGUACUGGACUUGCCGGGAUCAGGCACGAAUGGGCUGCCGCAGCCGAGCCAUCACUCAGGGCCGGCAGGUGACUGUGAUGAGAGGCCACUGUCAUCCACCUGACCUGUUAGGACUGGAGACUCUGAGGCAGCGGGAGAAACGCCCCGGCCCCACUCAGUGGGAUGGCCCAGAGGGGCCAGAGUUCCUGAAGACCCCUCUCGGGGGCAGCUUCCUGGUGUAUGAGUCCUUCCUCUAUAGGCGGGAGAAAGCAACUGGCAAUAAAGUGUACUGGACUUGCCGAGACCAGGCACGUAUGGGCUGUCGUAGCCGUGCCAUCACACAGGGCCAGCGGGUGAUGGUGAUGCGCAGGCACUGCCACCCACCUGACAUGGGUAGCCUGGAAGCCCUGCGGCAGCGAGAGAACUUCCCUAACCUAACCAACUGGGAAGGCCCAGAGCCUCUGCAGCCACUGGAGCUCCUGCGGACACCCCUUGGAGGCCGGUUCCUGGUGUACGAGUCCUUCCUGUACAGGAAGGAGAAGGCUGCUGGUGAGAAGGUGUACUGGAUGUGUCGGGACCAGGCUCGUCUGGGCUGUCGCAGCCGCGCCAUCACCCAGGGCCGGCGGGUCAUGGUGAUGCGGAGCCACUGCCACCCACCUGACCUGGAUGGCCUGGAGGCCCUGCGGGAGCGAGACCGGGAGCAGCGAGAGCGGGAGCAAGAACAAGAAAAGGAGCGAGAGCAGGAGUUAGAGAGGGUGCGAGAGCGAGAGCGGGAGCGAGAGCGAGAGCGAGAGCGGGAGCGAGAGCGAGAGCGGGAGCAGGAGCGGCGCUCCAGUGCAGCCAAGAAGAAAAAGAAGAAGAGGAAGAAGAAGAAAAGUACGAAAAGUACAAAAAGUACGAAAAGUACGAAAAGAACAUCAAAGAAGAGCAAAAACUGAAGUGAUCCCAGUGAGGCAAGUCUUCUCUGAAGCAACAGAAAAGCAACUGACUUCCCAGAUGCAGGCCUUUCCCACCCACUCAGAUUCGCUUGACAACUCCCUUCACUCUUCCAAAGCAUCCACGGCCUUCACAUCUCCUCAGAGGUCUCCCAGGAGGAGUGCUUCAACCUUGGGUGGUUAUCUUGUGUUGACAAAAAAAUAGUGCCAAGAACUGAUGGGUGGCCUGCAGACCCGUGCCAUGCUGCUGCUGUCACCUUUGUGACCUUAGCCAGCUGUGGAGAAGUGCGUCUGGACUGAUAUACCUCGAUCCCGCUCUGCUGUCCAGGCCUCAGCACCAUCUGCUUCCAGAGCAUGCAGCCUUGCAGAGGGCUUCCUAGUGGGGUAUGACCCCUCGUAAGCUCCAUAAAGUACAGCAAAAUGAAUUUGUCCUUAGCCAGUAUAUAUACGGGAGCUUCUUGCCACCCUCUGAAGACAGUGCAAGUCACAGCAGUUUUUGUUUUGUUUUGUUUUUUGCAUCUUUUAGGGACAGGUGUUGGGGCCUUCCUGGUCUUUGGUCACUUGCUGCUUACUAGGACACAGCCAGCCCCAACCAUGACAGAGCAGGCCAGGCUCAAGGCUUCGAUAUACCUUCUGUCAGAUUUUGCAUCUUGCAUUCUGUCCCAACUUAAAGUAAACUUAUGUCCACAGUUCUCAUGGCAGCAGAAGUUCCUAACAGUGGGAGCCAGCCCUAGAUGUCAGGAGGAGGUGACAGCAGAUAGGUAUGCUCUAGUGGCAGCUGCACCACUGAGAAUCGCCCACUUGGUGUCGUCGCUUGAUGCACAAAGAGAGUUAGAUGGCAUCAAAGCCUGCCUCCUAUAGAAGAUUUUAGCAGAACUUAGAGAGACAUGCUAGAAGUGGCACUGUGACAUCCCUAGGAACUGCAGAACUAUCUGCAUGCUACACCCUAGACAGAGCUGUCCUUACCCUGUCAUAGAGCUGCAUGCUCCCCUCCUUUAGCAAGCAAGCCAUGAAGCAGCCACCCCUGUGGGAUAGUGAUGGCCUAGUGCCUGCCACUGGCUUCUGCUCAUCUCCUUCCCUCAAUAAACCCUAUUUAGUCUCA